UGGAGGGGAAACGCGGUCUCUUCACACCCUGGCUCCUCCCGCCGCCAUCUUGGGCCCGAGCGUGGUCCCGCCCUCUCUUCUCCUCCCUUCAGAGGGUGGCAGUCGCCGCCGUCAAAGGAAGCUCAGCCGUGUUGCCGAUGAUGGCUGACAAGAUGGCAUACAGAUCAUAAUAUCAGAUGAAGUACAAGCUUUAGAUAUGUCACAUUGCAUCUGAAUUAUCACCUGCGUCAAGUAGCUGAUGCCAGAAAAAACAUUCUCAUAAUGCCAGGGUAGAUUAUUAUUUACACUGGUUUUAAACCAAAGCCAACUUUCAACUAAAAUGAAAGACAUCAACAUGUGAUGAAAGUUGAGGAUGUGGUUUCCAAAUAACUGAAGUGUGAAGCAAACCUCAUGAAUUUCAACCAAAGAGAUUCAGAGAGCAUCACUGAUGUUAGCCCUAAUGAAGACCUCCCUGAAGUAGAGCUGGUGAGCAUGCUAGAAGAGCAGCUGCCCCAAUACAAGUUACGUGUGGACUCACUUUAUCUUUCUGAUAAUGAUAGUUGGAUCCCAUCUCCUAGUUGCCCCAGCCAUGUUCCUGAAAUUGUUUCUCCAGUCCUUGCUGAGGAGACCUUCCGUUACAUGACGCUUCUUGAACUUCCUCCUUCAUGCUUGGCUGGAUCUCACAAACACGCACAAGUUCUUAGCACAGAGAGACGAGAUCAAGUGACAAAUAACUGCAAUGAUAGUGAAGUGGUCACACAUCUACUGGCAGAGAGAGAUCGGGACCUAGAAUUAGCAGCACGAAUUGGGCAAGCCCUAUUGAAACGGAACCAUAUCCUCACUGAGCAAAAUGAAGCUUUGGAAGAACAAUUGGCCCAAGCCUUCGACAAGGUUCACCAACUACAGCACGAGCUGACAAAAAAAGAUGAACUGCUUCGUGUAGUUUCUAUUGCUUCUGAAGAAAGUGAGACUGACUCUAGCUGUUCCACACCUCUUCGCUUCAAUGAGUCCUUCAACCUGUCACAGGGCCUUGUACAGCUGGAUAUAUUACAGGAUAAACUCAGGGACCUGGAGGAGGAGAACCUUUCUCUUCGAACGAAGGCCUGCCACUUGAAGACGGAAACCAUGACUUAUGAAGAAAAAGAGCAGCAGCUGGUCAGUGACUGUGUCAAAGAGAUCAGUGAGUACCAAGGGGAAACGCAUGCCCAAAUUGCACAAAUGAGUGAGGAGUUGACCAGAAAAAAUGACGAACUGCUUAACUACCAGGAGGAGAUUUCAUCCCUCUUGUCACAGAUCGUUGAUCUUCAGCAUAAAAUCAAAGAGCAUGUAAUUGAAAAGGAAGAGUUGAAAUUGCAUCUGCAAGCUUCCAAAGAUGCCCAGAGACAGCUGACAGCAGAGCUGCAUGACUUACAAGAGCGGAAUGCAGAAUGCCUGGGAAUGUUGCAUGAGUCACAAGAAGAAGCCAAGGGACUGCGCAGCAAAGCCAGCCAAGCCGCCCUUCUCGGUCGCCCUCAGUCCUGUGGAGUGUUUCCUGUGGACUCUUUAGCAGCAGAGAUCGAGGGGACGAUGCGGAAAGAACUGAGUUUAGAGGAAGAAUCUGUCUCUAAGCAAAAGGUGCAGCAGAAGCGUGUGUUUGACACUGUCCGUGUUGCUAAUGUGAUACGUGGCCGCUCUGCUUUGUGUCCUGCUCCACUGCCCAUCCCAGGGUCAAAUCGCUCAAGUGUAGUCAUGACCUCAAAGCCUUUUCUUUCUGGCAUGCCACAACUGGAAGGAAAGGUGCAUCAACCUCAGGGGAUCAGGGAACCUCAGAAGUUGGGCCAUGAUGGCAUUCCCAAGGAGGGUGAUUUAGCCACAGCUCUGCACAGGCUCACUCUCCGCCGUCUGAACUACUUGAGUGAAAAGCAGUUUUUUGAAGAAGAGUGGGAGCGUAGGAUCCAUUUCCUGGCUGAAAAGAAGGAAGAUCCGAGUGACUGCAGCACUCCUGUGGAAAGCUGCUUUUCUCUGGGAAGCUGUUCAGAGCUUACUGACUUCUCUGGGUCCUCCAGCAGCUUACGUUGCCUCCUUCCAGAGAAACUGCAAAUUGUCAAACCUAUUGAAGGUUCCCAGACACUCUUCCACUGGCAGCAGUUGGCUCAGCCUCACCUCGGCACCAUUCUUGACCCACGCCCUGGUGUUGUCACAAAAGGUUUUGCACCACUGUCACAAGAUGAUGGCUACCACCUUUCUGAUUUGGAAGAAGAUGAAGAGAGGGAUGAAGGCAUAACCUUUCAAGUGCAACAGUCUCCUCAAGAGGAAGGGAAGCCAAGAGUGCCAAAGUCGGUGGCAGGAAUCUUCUUACCACCUGCUAAACUAGCAACGAGUUCCCUCACAGCUUCCAACCCAGGAAAAUGCCUCUCAUCUACAAACUCUACCUUUACUUAUACCAAUUGUAGAAUCCUCCACCCAUCUGAUAUCACACAGGUUACGCCCAGCUCUUCAUAUGCUCCCUUGUGCUCUGGGAGCUCUAGCAGUACCACCAGUACAGUAGCAAGCUCCCCCGCCACAUCAUGCAGGUUCAGUAUUGGAGAGUUCCUCACUAACAGGAGGGACUCCACUACCACCUUUAGCAGCACUACAAGCUUGGCUAAACUCUUGCAAGAGCAGGGCAUCUCUGCAAAGGUCUACAACAGUCCAGUUUUGGAGAAUGCACCUUUGUUCCAGCCACCCAAGAUACUUGCUGUUCCCUCAACACCACCCAAUUCCCCUUUGCAUUCGCCUUGUCCUUCCCCUUUGCCUUUUGACUCUCGAGCAAAUGCACUUGAGAACUUUUUGGCCUCUCGGCCUGCUGAAACCUUACUGCCGGAGAUGUAUGGACCGAAACCUUCUAAUUGUGACGCAGGGCAACUGAAGAUGAACCUGGUGGAAAGGCUGAAGAAAUUGGGGAUUGCCAGAGUUGUCAAACAUCCUGAGGCAGGGGAUAGUGGGAAAGGUCAGGGGGCAAAGAGCGCCCUCCAGAGGCAGGACUCGGCUGUGUAUGUCAAUGCAGGCAGCAAUCUGAUGGGAGGCUUGAGAAGAAACCACAGCCUCCCAGUCAUGAUUGGGGCCCUUGGAGGCCCCCUGAGCACAUCUUCCUCAAAGAUGGGAGUCCUCAAGGAGAAUUGAGUGUGGAGGAUGUUAGCUCACAGAAGAAGGCAAAGCACAUAGGAUGUAGAUCAUGGUCAAAAGGAGGUUUAAAGAGAGGGAUGUUGAAGGAGGUUCAAGCAAAGAUGAGGCAUGGAAGAUGAGGGAAAGUAGAUGCAAACAUUAAGAAAAGACAAAGGAAAGAGGAAACCAAAGUUCAGCUUUGAGAUCACUGAAAUCUUUAACCUUCUGUUCAUCAAUAGAAGCAACAUAAAUACAGUGUAUUUUCUACCUUUGAUAUUAUAUGUAUGGAACAGUAAAUAUCCAUGUCUUGAGUAUG